AUGUGUCAUCCUGCAGACCCAGCCACCAUCACCACCCCCGCUUCAACCAGAUCGACCGAUGGAAAGAUAUUCGAAUACGAACUGUUCGUCAGGGUCCAGAAAAACGGCCAAUCCGAUUCAAAGAUGAUGCGGAUGUCGUCAAAGGGUCGGGUCGUCCCCAUGGAGCUAAACCUCGACAAGCUGGACUUUUCCCUGCUCAAAACCCUGGUAAUCCAGCACCUAGGAAACAUCAUAUCUCCUCAUCAAAUUGUUGGGAUCUGGCACACGUGCACAAUUGCGUGGAAGAGAGCUCGACAGGCCACCUCGGCAAUCUUUAGUAUCAAAACAUUCAAGACCAUUAUUGCCCCUUCCGCCAAUAAAAGCAUGGAUGGGCUGCUUGAUAUAUUGAAGUUGACUGCAAAAGCAAAUCACAGCAUCGACUUUUGUGACCUCUUCUUCCGGUUCACGAUGGACUCCUUUGUCCAGAUGACCUUUGGAAAAGAUUUGGGCCUUCUCGGUACCGAUUAUUAUGACAAAGGAGAAGCAUCAUCGCCAUCAAAACUCUCCCCAGUGUCUAUUCCUUUUGCGGAUGCGUUUGACUUUGCACAGGAUCAGAUUGACUUCAGAUUCUUGGCUGUCAGAGGAUGGCAGCUGAUCGAGAAGCUUGUUGGUUCAAUUGGAAAACGCAUGAAAGCCUCGUGUUGUGUUCUGGAUGACUACGCAUACUCUUUAAUUGAUGAGCGAAUGGCUAGUCUGGCUCAGUCAUCCGAUUGCGGAAAGAAAUAA